AUGCCAGCCGUAGACCCAACUUAUCCUCUCUACCCCAUCGCCUGCCUCUUGGCUUCAGCAAUGCUGCUCCUCGUGAUGCUGACCAGCUUUGUCCGCCAGAGCUGGAAUCUCGGCGUUGCUUUUCUCUGUUUCUGGCUCUUCUUUGAGGUUUUAACAGCUGGUAUCAAUGCUAUCAUAUGGACCGAUAAUGUCGACAUCAGGCUAUAUGUGUAUUGCGACAUCGUGACACACAUGCAAAUCAUCACUUCGGUUGUCAAACCUAUGGCCACACUUAUCAUCACUCGCCGACUAUACCUGAUCACCAGUCUACGCUCCCUAGAGCCUCCUACAAAAGCAGCAAGACACAGAAACCUUGUAAUCGAGUGGGCACUCGGCCUGGCCAUCCCUCUUCUGGUCGCAGGACCUCUUUACUACGUCGUCCAGGGUGCUCGAUUCAAGGUCAGCGAUGGUUUUGGCUGCACCAACGUCCCCGACAAUUCAAUACUCAGCAUCUUGCUUCUAUAUUCAUGGAGUGUGGUACCUCCCCUGGUGUCCAUCACCAUGUACUAUCCUCAUGUGGUUCGGAUCUUUUAUCGCCAUAAUCGGGAGAUGAACCAGUUCUUACAAAGCAACAACUCGGUGUCCCGCACCAACUACUUUCGAAUUCUUGCCCUUGCCAGCAUCGAUAUUCUGCUCACUUUGCCUAUCGGCGUUGCGAUCAUCGUCUUGAACGUGAAAGACCAGUUGUCGUCUUUCGAUCGCUUCCCAUUCUACUAUGGCUGGACCUACGACCACACGGACUGGCAGCCGGUGAGCUUCUCUUUUGCAGACAUAGUGUCCGAAGGGCCUUUCAAUGUGGCAGCCCUCUACUUCACUUAUUGGACAUCGCCCGCCCUCGCCUUCGUCAUCUUCGGCCUCUUCGGCAUAACAUCGGAAGCUCGCGCAUCGUACUGGCGCAUCAUAUGCACCGUCGGCAGCUGGUGCGGCUGGAAACCCACGCUUCGCACGCGCAGGUCGCGUUCGCCUCUAGGAGAUAUCGAGUUCGGCGAGCGUCCUGCUCAGAACUCUAUGUCGCUGGGUCUUGAGUCAAACCCAAGCUACGUCGACCGCAACGCGCGCGCGCCAGAUCAGGUCGUGGAGGACGGAGGUUCCGCGAGCGAGACGAAGAGUGCUUCGGAGAAGGACGCGAUAGAAGAGGAGGACCGGGAUCUCAGCCGUGCGGCACAUGCAGAACGCGCAACGCAACCUUCCGGGUCUUACCAGCCUAACUUCGGCGACUCGGAAGUUUCGAACUUGGUAUAG